CACCUCACCUCAGCUCUUGAUAACACAAGAGUUUCAUUUCUAAGGAAAGCUUACCGAAGAUACACAGGAAGAACAAUCGUGAAGUCUACCCGCCUCUGCUCUUCAUCUCCUUCCUUCCAUCAACCAAUUCUUGCUAAAUCAGUGUUUAUGUGUUAUCUAAGUAAUGAUGAUAGUAAGCAUAGGGGUUGAAGUUGAAGUGGGAAUAUCUGAUAGAGAUUUCGGUACUUCGAGGCUCUCUUGAUCGGUCUUCUCUUUCUCUCUCGCUCGCCCUACACCUUUACCCUUCACCAAUCAUGGCUUUCAUCCUCAACAAAACUACUGUUGCCUCUCAAUUGCGCUCUCACUUUCAGGGAGCAAGAAACGAUGCCCUUUCCCUCUCGCGUCGCCAAUUUCAUGUAGAACCAGGAAAGCGCGAACUAGCUCUCUUGGCUGAGGACCCAUCUUUAAAGCGAUUCAAGUCACAUAAGCCUAAUGUGAGGCGACUUAUGAGAGUGGGAGAUGUACUCACUAUAGUUGUUGUAGCAGGCUGUUGCUAUGAAAUAUAUACUAGAGCAGUGAUGCGAGAAGAGGCUCGGAAACAAGCAAAUGCAGAAAAUUGAAGUGCAUAAUGAUGAGUUUAUGUGUGUCUCUCUUUGGCCUUAAUAGUUCAGGCAACUAUAGCAGGAAUAUUCUGACUUUCAAAUGCAGAAAAAAUGGCUACAUUUACUUGGUUUGAAUUUAUGUUUUCUAGCCUCUUUCUUAAUAAGAUUUGUUGUUGUGGUGCACUUCAAACUUGUCAAUGAAAGCAACAAAAUGCUUUGUUCUUCUUCAAAAAAAAAUGAUAGUAAGAUGUUAGGACCUAGGAUUAGUGUGGUGUUCUAACAUAUAUUAAAUAAAAGGGUAAUUGAGUCUUUGUAUUGAGGGUAGUGUUUUGGAGGGAAUUCAAUAGUAUAUAUAGAAUAUUAAGGGGAAUUGAGUGGUAUGCAAUGUUUUGAGUAAAUCUCUAAUUGCUUCAAAGGGGCCUAAGGGCUCCCUUACUUUGUUAUUGAGUUUCUCCUACUUUCAAUACACAUUUUCUAUUGUUUUGCUAUUGUUCUACUCCUAUUAUUGCUACUGUUUUGUUGUGUUCUUGAGCGGAAGAUCUUGGGUCUUAUCAAUUGGUAUCAGAGCGAGUGAUUUCGGUGGAGGCCGACUACUCGAAUGGAGGAAUUAGAGGAACAGUGGAGAUCGGAGGCUUAUGAUCGUCCCUCUGAAUUUAAUACACUGGAGGACCUUGCUUCGCUUUUGGAUCAAGUACUUCUUGGGCAAGUAAGGCUACUCCGCCUCUCCAGCGAUCUCCGAAGUCAUGUCACAACAGGAUCGGAGGACAACGAACUCAAUGAGUGGAUCCACCAAGCUGUGCAAUCUGUCCGGGUUCGCAAACAAGAAGGAAUACGGAACUGCUACGCGCCGAAUCUACUUUCUGGAUCUCCUUCACCACUAGAGACGGAGAUUGAAUGUGAUAAAAAGAUGGAAAUGGCAAUACGGGAACACAAACGAGCCUUUGCUAGACUCGACAGUUUCAGCAAACACAAACAGCAGGCAGCAAUACAAUCGGAGUUCCUAAAUGAAGACUCUCUGCCUUCGGCGGCAUCACCUGAGAUUUUCGAUGUUGCGAAGAUCAUCUCCGAUGGAGAUGAAGAUAAAUGGCUAGAGAAAAAUCAGCAACGAGAUUCGCCGCCUAAAAAGAGGAAGGAAGAGGUGCGGCUGCUGGUAGAGUCGUCUGAGCAGAAAGACUUGUGGGAGACGGUGCCGGAUCUGGAAGUUGGCCCAUGGGGUUCGCUCGCACAACAGCAACGAACGGCAUUAGAGAUGAAUCAGAAUGUUGGAGGAGAAGAAGACACACGGCCAAAGAAGAAAACGCCGAUGAAGUCGACGCCGGAGAAGAAAGAAGAACCGUGGUUAGUGCUAGCGGCGGAGGAAGAAGAAUCGUUGGUGGUGUCGCUGGUGGUGCCAUGGCCGAUCACGUCGCUGGCGGGGACGGAGCCGAACCAACCGCGGAGGUCUUCGCCGGAGACGGAGAGGAGAGAGACGAGGUCGCUGGUGGUUUCGCCGGAGAUUCAGAGCGUGAAGACUUGGACAGCCGCACAAGCUGGACGGUUGAAGAAGAAGAUGGUGGGGAGGAGCUUCUUUUCACCCAAACCCUACCAAGUAAGGCCCAAGCCCAAUUCCUUAACACUUAAUUCAGCUUUGGCCCACAAGAGAAAAAUUAACCCAAUGGGUCACUUGUAAUUAAUUAAAUUGGAACCCAUCCACUUUCUUCCUAUGUCUAGUUUAGUAAGUGAGGGUUUUGGGAACCAAACUCCUUUCUUUAUUCCAUCUUAAGCCCAGACAUUCCAAAGAUUAUAUUGCUUUGACCAAGUUGUGGUCAUGGCCCAACUAAACAAAGAAAUAAGCCAUUUUAUUUCUAAAGGAGUGCAACUAUGGAUGUCCUACCCAAAAUAUUACAUUUACAAUCAUGAGACAAGAGAUGGAAAAGAACACUUGAAAGUGACUUUUUUGCUCAUAAAUGGUGAAGGUGGUCAUGUUAAUGGAGGCAAAAAUACAAUAUCUUUGGUGGAUGAGAAGUUUAACCUUGGUGCUUUACUAGUACCAUUCAAGUAUUGGGUUUUUGAUAGAGGGCGCCAAACACUACUCCAGCCAACCAAGGGUGCAUCAAGGACACGUCAAAAUACCACAUUACUAACUUGGUUCUUUGACAGAGGUCGCAUACAACAUAGGGCUCUAGAUUUGAGUGAAUUCAUCAAUCACCUUGAGGACAAGGUGAAACUCGGGCGGCCGGUAAUGUUAGGACCUAGGAUUAGUGUGGUGUUCUAACAUAUAUUAAAUAAAAGGGUAAUUGAGUCUUUGUAUUGAGGGUAGUGUUUUGGAGGGAAUUCAAUAGUAUAUAUAGAAUAUUAAGGGGAAUUGAGUGGUAUGCAAUGUUUUGAGUAAAUCUCUAAUUGCUUCAAAGGGGCCUAAGGGCUCCCUUACUUUGUAAUUGAGUUUCUCCUACUUUCAAUACACAUUUUCUAUUGUUUUGCUA